UAACGGGGAAGAAGGUGCUUUCAAUACCAUACACCUUUUAACCAAAACCAAAAAAACUCCCUCUCAACUCUUCAAACAUGGCAUCCAUGGAAAUAAUGGAUGUAGAGUUGGGGAAUGCAGCCCUAAAUGGAGAUGUGGAUUUCCUAACAGAGUGUGUUGAAUCCAAUAAACCAAUAGAAUACUACAUGACUUAUUUCCCCAAAAGCGGUGAUAAAGGUGACCGCCGCCAUGGAAACAUCUUCCACAUGGCGGCGUACAAUAACAACGCAGAUUUUAUCAGAGAAGCCAUUGAAAUCUUACCUUCAGAAAACACACAACAACUCCUUAUACAACCACGGGAACCAAUUAACGGGAACCCUCUUCAUGUAGCAGCCGAGCUCGGGAAUGUAGAGAUAAUAAACAUGUUCCUAGAUGUUUACAGAUGUUUACCAUGUUUACCAUCUGAUGUUUCUGAACGACCUUGGUUAGUGAAGAAUACAGAGGGACAUAAUCCAUUAAACACGGCUCUAUAUUACUGUCACGAGGAAUGUGCGUUGGAAAUCGUGAAAAUGGAUAUGGAGUUGCUUUGCAAUAUGCUUACAGAGAGUGGAACCAACAUAAUUUACGAAGCUGUAAACAGUAAGUUGAGCAAAUUUGCGUUGGAGAUUUUGAGGUCACCACAUCCUUUUGGUUGCGUCGGUAUCGAAGAAACCACUCCCUUCCAUUCCUUGCAUUAUUUAAAUAGAUCAGAAGAAGCAGAAGAAAUAUGUCGACAAUUGCUUCGAAGAGACCCAGAUCUAAUUAAACAACAGGAUGACAAUGAAAAUUCAGCAUUCCAUUUAUGGACAAGUGAUGGUAAAAUGUGGCCAUUCAAAUGUAUUCUAGAAAGCUGUGACAUUAUCCCAGAUAUUAAGACGGUUUUCACAGACUUGAUCUCUACAACAAACACGUAUGGUGACAACCCUCUACAUAAUCUGGCUCAAUUUGCCGCUAGUGAAAAUGAUGCUGUUAAAGUAGCAGAAUUGCUCAUAGAUACUUACAAGAAAGAAGCGUCGAAUAUUGAAGAAGAUGAACUUCCCUGGUUAGUGCAUGACGAUGAUGGAGAUACACCGAUGUCCUUGGCCAUAUCUCGUAAAUUUGAAAAGUUUGCAAUGUACAUAUUGUCAGUCGAUGACAAUGCAGUUAUUGAAUGUCAGAAGAAUCUUUUGUUCUUGGCUAUUGAGAAGGAAUGUCAUGAACUUGCAGAAAAGAUUUAUGAGAUAGUGAUUAACAAAGGAUGUACUCAACUUCUCAUUAAUGAUCAGCAUAAUAUCUUGCAUAUUGCACCAUUAUGCACAAAGGAGUUUUGUAAGCGACUAAUUGAAGAGCAUCCUGGAUUACUAAAAGGAGUUGACAAGGCAGGAUUGACAGUACUACACACAUGGAUUAGCAACGCGGAAUUAUGGUUAUUUGAAUUUAUGUUAAAGAGCAAGUGGAGAAUUUCUUUCAUCAAACUCAUUGAUGUAAUGGAUUACGGUGAUAGAAACAACCCUUUACACAUUGUUGCUAGUCUUGCAAAUACCCCCAAUAACGCGACAGACCAAGUUAUGGAGCUUCUUGUAGAAGCUUAUAAAGAAGAAAAUAUAAAUUGGUCUGUGAAUAACAUGCAGUUGUUACCAUGGUCUGCAACAAAUAAAAAGAAUGAAGGACCUCUGCAUUUGGCCAUACGCAGUCAACGUGAAAACCUUGCAUUAUACUUAUUGGCACUGCAUGAGGAUGAUAAUGUUGAUGAUCUGCUAGAUUAUUACGAACCAGAACACACUAUUUUGUUCCUUGCUAUACAGAACAAGUGCCCUCAAGUAGCCAAAAAAAUAUUGGCAAGAUUGGAUAAGAAUAGCCGGACAAAAUAUCUUACGGAUUCCUCAAAUGGCCGAAAUAUACUACAUCUUGCUCCAACUUUGGAAGAUAUAGAAUUUGGUACAUGGCUAGUUAAUGAGGCCCCAGAGUUCAUCACCGAGAAAGACCAUGAAGGUCUAUCAGGUUGGGAUAAAGCGUAUGAAAUUGGUCCUGCAUGGUUUAUAAAAGCAGUAUUGAAAAAGGACCCAUCUGUGUUCACGAGUGCACCUUUGGCUUGGAUAAAAGCAUGUGAAAACGGUCAUGUUUUAGCUCUACGUGCGUUCAUCGACCAUAAUCCUGGAGCGUUUAGAGAUCUUUGUAUUGAACUUAAGGAUUCUCCUUUGCAUCACAUACAACUUUCAAGUUUAACAGAGUACGAAGAAUUUAUGAAGAUUCCACGCAUGAAGGAUCUUAUCAAUCUUCAAAAUUCACAAGGGGCAACACCUUUACACAUAGCAAUACAACGUCGGAAGAAACCAUUGACGGAAACAUUACUCAGCAUGGAGAAGAUAGUUUAUAACAUCAUGGAUAAGGACCAGAAAACUGCGAUAGAUUUGUUGGCACCAGUAUGCGUAGACGACAGUACAUGGGAAGAGAUGUGCCAAAGAAUUGGAUUUGAUCCGUGGAUAAAAACAUCAUACUUCCAACGCAAGACAAAUUUGUUAGACGUGCGAAAUUCACUUUUUGUGGUGGCGGCUUUGUUAGCCACCAUUACUUUCACUGCUGGAUUUACUCUCCCUGGUGGAUUAAAUCAAGAAACGGGAGAAGCACUUCUUGCCACGGAGGUUGCUUUUUUGGUGUUUUUGAUAUCCAAUACAUUGGCGAUGUGUACUUCUAUGUUGGUAUUGAUUUGCCUCGUAUGGUCCAUGGUACAAGAUUCUAGUAAGUCAUUGUUAUUGAUUGAUCGAAGUAUGGUGUUACUCAUGAUAGCCUUUUACUCCACGUUAUUGGCUUUUAUGACCGGAGUGUUUAUUGUUAUAUACCCGAAAGUCUUAUGGGCAGCCAUUCUGGUUAUCGUGAUGUGCUCUCUCAUUACACUUUCUGCAAAAAAGACUCUUUUGUAUAAAGUCUUGUUUAUCUCUUCAGUGAAAAAGAGGCAAAAUCGGAAAGACCCAAUGCAUCUACUCGAACUGGGGAAAGUUUUACCAUGUUGCGGAGGCAACCAUAAAGUUGAGUGAGGCCUAUGUCAAAAAAAAAAAAAUAAACAAAAAAAUACAAAAAGUCGAGUGAGACGACUUACAAAGGCAUGUCGUUAAGGGGAAACUCCUUCAAAGUCACUAGUACGUUAUAUAGUUUACACGUCACCACAUUAACUCAAUUUCUGUUCAAUAUUACAUUAUUACUCAUUGAUAUUUCAUUUAAGGGGCAAUUCCUGUACGAAAAACCAUUGUGUUUGUGUCACACUUUUGUUCAAAAUGGUUUUAUUUCCUUAAUUUCUUUUUAAA